AUGGGAAACUUCAGCUUGAUGCUCGCUUUACUCUGCAACCUCAGUUGGGUCGCUCUGUCAUCUUCCCUGUUUCAAACUGUGACGGUUCGACCCGAUGAAGAAGUCACUCUGCGAUGCGUCAACCUUAGCCGAAUUGCCGGUCACAUUUUCUGGUUCAAGCUGGCCGACGGACCCGACGUGAGCCGGAUCUCGUCUAUGUCCACCUCCGAAGCCGUUCCUUCAUUGCACGGUGAAUUUCAACGGGGCAAAUUUACCAUGAGAUCCAACGUCACAAACAUAUUUCUAGACAUCAAACAGGUGGAGGUGACCGACUCCGGAUUGUAUUUCUGUGGGUUUUAUGCUAAGGAUUUCCCUGGAGUCUUCGCCGCAACAUAUUUACAUGUCGAAGUCAGUCUUUUACAUCAGAUUGAAGAACCAGGCAACCUGCUGAAUUGGAUCCUGGGUGGUGUAGUCAUUUUUCUUGCUAUGAUCAUCAUCAGUUUGGUUGUCAAAAUCAGGACUUUGCGUACAGGUCGUGUCCGUUUGACGCUCUGUCGGUUUCACUCAGUGACGGUUCAGGCUGGAGGACACGUCACCCUGUCGUGCGCCAACCUCAGCAAUCUUCCCUCUCACGUCUCGUGGUCCAAACUGGGCGACGGCGGCAACAUCGGCUACAUCUCGACUAUGACCAGCUCUGAAUCCAGAGCUGUGCUGUGUGAUGAAGGUCAAGGUGACAAAUACAACAUGACGUCGAACGGGACAGACAUCUUCCUGGACGUCCAGGAAGUGAAUUUAUUAGAUGCUGGAGUUUAUAUCUGCGGCCAAUCCACCGACGAGUUUAAAGGAAUCUUCGGCGUAACUUAUUUACAAGUUGAAGGCGACUCAAACCAGGUGUCACUCCAUCUGUUGACGGUGAUCCUGGGAAGUGUUGUUGUUUUUCUUCUAGUGGUCAUCUUUGGUUUAAUUCUCAAAGUCACGACCUCUCACACCGGUCAAGCUAGCAGACAGAGUCAACAACAAAGAGAGAACUUGAACUCGGAGGCUGUAAGCUAUUCAGCGCUGAAUUUCAGAUCCAAAGCAAAAGGCGACAGGCGGCCCGCUGCAGAGAGAGAGACGGAUGCAAAUGUGAUUUAUUCUGCCACCAGAUAAACUCUCUAACCAGGAAUGAUGUAGUUUUAUCAUUUUAUCUUCUA